AUGUCCCUCCGCAUCGCACACGCAGCCCGCGCUGCCCGCGCCAUUGUUGCGCCCCGUGUGGUCGCGUCGCGCGCUCUCCACGCGUCGUCCUCGACCGCCAAGGACCCCUUCCCCCUCCCCUUCGACCCGGCACUUGCUGCCGCCGCCGCUGAGGCUCGUGCCGCCCGCAACCCCGAGGACGUCAUUGAGGACUGGGCCAUGCCCCCUCCCCUCGACCGUACCGGCGAGAGCCCCGAUGUCCUGCGUGCACGUCUCGUUUAUCAGACUCGCAAGCGCGGUACCCUCGAAAACGACCUGCUGUUCAGCACUUUUGCUCGUGACAACCUGCCGACCAUGACCGUGAAGGAGAUGCAGGAGUUUGACAAGCUUCUGGACGAGCCCGACUGGGACGUCUAUUACUGGUGUACCGAGAAGAAGCCUGCCCCUAGCAAGUGGGCCAAGACGGAGCUGCUGGCCAAGCUCAAGAAGCACGUCAAGAACGAGGGCAAGGAGCACCGUUUUAUGCCCGACCUGCUUGACGUUCAGAAGAAGUAG